GCGGCGAGCGACCCGGAAACAACGCAAAAACAAACCGAAGAAAUUGAAGCUCUGUCAGCUAUCUAUGGCGAUGAAUGGUGCAUUGUUGAUGAAGAUGAGAAAAUUUUUUGUAUUAAGAUUAGUGAUUGCUCAGCACAGCCAAAGUGGACUCUCAAUUUGCAGGUGAUUCUGCCUCCUGAAUAUCCAACUUCAGCACCACCUAUUUAUCAGCUUAAUGCUCCUUGGAUUUUACAAAAGGAAUAUGCAGAACUGGCAAAUCAUCUAGAAGAAAUCUAUGUACAGAACAUUGGUGAAAGCAUUCUGUAUUUGUGGGUGGAGAAGAUACGUGAGGUUUUGAUAGAAAAAUCCCAGUCAUCUGAAUCAGGCCCAGAUUAUAAAAAGAUUACAGAAGAAACAGAUGUGGACUAUGAAGAAGAAUUUGCACUGGAAUAUCAACCUCUUCCAGAUUGUACAGCUAUAAUGUUAAAUUUUGAUCUGUCUGAAAAAAAAGAUGAAGAGUUAACUCCAAUUUAUCAUGGAAACCCAAUUACAGACCGAAGAAGCACAUUUCAGGCACAUUUAGCACCUGUUGUAUGCCUCAAACAGGUGAAAAUUGUUCUUGCUGAGUUGUACAAAAAUAAGAAAAUAGCCAGUGCUACUCACAACAUAUAUGCUUACAGAAUAUACUGUGAAGACAAGCAGACUUUUUUACAAGAUUGUGAAGAUGAUGGUGAAACAGCAGCAGGGGGCCGUCUUCUCCAUCUUAUGCAGAUCCUGAAUGUCCAUAAUGUUUUGGUGGUAGUGUCCCGCUGGUAUGGUGGUAUCCUUCUAGGACCAGAUCGUUUCAAACACAUCAACAAUUGUGCCAGAAAUAUACUUGUGGAGCAGAAUUACACUAACCUAUCUCAAAAUUCAUCCAAGCCUCUUGGAAAGAAGAAAGGAAUGAGAAAAGACAAGAAGAAAACAGAACAUUGAUAUAUUUUGCAGAAUUACAUAUCCGUAUUUCAGCUUUCAGCUGUCACCACUCAGUGAUUCUAUAUUCUAAACCUUUUGUUCCAAAAGUGUAGAAACACUUUGCAGUAAUAAAAAAAACAUUCUUCUUCCUAAGAAAACUCAGCCAUUGAAGCAGCAGCAGCAGACCCAGAAAAUACCUUCAAUUUGUUCACUGUUUCAGCCGCUCAAGAAUCAAAGUCUCUCAAUAUAAAAGCUUCCCUCUGAAUUUAGUCUUUGAUUUGUUAAAAAAAGCAAUAAACGAGAAAGACAGAA